GGAUUUUUUCUGGACAUUUUUGCAUUCUUUAAUGGGCAAUGUGCUGGUGGCCUGUGUGUUGAAUCCACACUAGGGCAUAAUUUACUACUCUCUCCAAACCACUCCCUAGUGCUCUUCCCUUUUCAGCAUUUUACUUCUAACUUUGUAUGCAAUUCCAACUUUCUAGAGAAAAUGCAAGAUUCAUGAUAUGCGAAUUUCAUUUUUUUAAGGGACAAUGUUGUUCACACACUUUGCAUUAUUCGGAAAAAAUGUAAAGUCAUGAUGAUAUUGUUAUUGUUCCGAAUAAGUGCAAUAAUUUUUUUCGUGAGGUCCGCUCUAACCAUCGAUUUUGACGAGUAAAGCCAUUCCAAAUGUCUAGUGCUUCCACAGUCACAUCCUUUCUAUCACUACUAAGAUCCAAUGGUCCAUCACAAGUGCACUAAGCACUAUUGAUUGAUUCAUUAGCCACUAUAAAUACCUGUAAUGGGGCGUGUGUCUUCCACAAGCAAUCAUCCAACUAUCUCUUCUUUCAUCCAACGCAGUAGCUUUUCUAUACACUUUUGAACCUUAUGGCUGCCCAAGGAGCUCGUGACCAAACUCCCAUUGGCCACAUAGAGAUUCCAGUUUCAUUUCCAUUAGCUACAGACCAAAACAGACUACCCCGAGUGCCUGAAGAAGAUGACAGUUUUGACUACUCCGAAAGAACACAAUGGAUUCGGGCAGCUGUUUUGGGAGCUAAUGAUGGUUUGGUCUCUGUUGCAUCACUAAUGAUGGGUGUUGGAGCUGUCAAACAAGACGUGAAAGUGAUGCUCCUGGCCGGGUUUGCUGGGCUAGUAGCAGGGGCAUGCAGCAUGGCAAUAGGGGAAUUUGUCUCUGUGUACACUCAAUAUGACAUAGAGAUAUCCCAAAUGAAAAGAGAGAUGAUGAAAGGGAAUGGUGGAAAUGAGAAUGCAGAAGAAGCAAAGAAGAAGAAGCUGCCAAACCCGGCACAGGCUGCCAUAGCAUCUGCAAUUGCGUUUUCUAUAGGUGCAGUGGUGCCUUUGUUGGGAGCUGCAUUUAUAAGAGAGCAUAAGGUGAGGAUGCUUGUGGUGGCUCUUUUGGCAAGUAUUGCACUGGUAGUGUUCGGAGGGAUCGGAGCAAGGUUGGGGAGGACACCCAUGAUCAAGUCUUGUGUUAGAGUACUCAUUGGAGGAUGGAUGGCUAUGGCUAUCACCUUUGGACUCACAAAGUUGAUUGGCUCUGCGGGUCUAGAAAUGUGACUUAUUUGCUUAUGUUCUUCCCGCCCUUUGUUUAAUCUCGUCUUUCUUGUGGGGGUGUUUCACCGGCAACGGUGAUGUAGCAUAUUUGAUCUUAUGUAUAAUAAUGUUGGUAGCUUUGUAUUCUCCGUAUUCGACUAUAAUUGGGUUGUGACGAGCAGUACCUGAGCUCAUGAACCCUGCAUAGUUCUAUGAGGCUAUAAGCUACGAACACCAUGAAUAUCGAAGUUCUUCAGCGCGACAUAUAUAACGGACUCUAGAUACUCUGAGCAUUAGUUUUUGUUACAAACUUUCUAAGCAUUGGCUCGCGUUCUUAAAAAAGAUUAGCUUGUCCCUCUUGACGGAUAAUGACAAGACCUGUUUAGCAUCAACUCCAGUACACGACCAUCUUAAACAAAACAAGCAUCCAUAGGAGAAAAAUGAACAUGGAUUUAUUUCAAAGCAAGGAAACAAAGGGGAAUACAGAUGAUAUUCAUGUAAAAGCUCCGUUAAUCUUAAAUUAUCUUUCACUGGGCUAGGCAGAAGAAAAAUCCUUUCAACAAAAUAUCAAAUUGUUAAAAAAAAAAAAAAAAAAAAAGAUAUCUAAUUGUGUACUAAAUGAGAUUCUGCAAAACAAAACUGACUGGGCAG